CAUCAUUUCUGAUGACAAUGAUUUGUCUUGUCAAAAAAUUGCAUGAAUAAUAAACAAGAACUUGAUUCAAAAAUUUCAUACGACGUUCAAUUAAUACAAUUUAAUUUAAAAUAAUUUUAUACACUCAAACCAUUCAAUGUGAAUUGAAGUAAUUUGUUCAUAACGGCUAAUAUUAAGUGCUUGUUUUAAUUUAAUUGUUUCAAGUUUGAAAACGUGAAAUUCUUAAAGGAUUUUAGUCAUGCAAACUUGUAAAGUUAUUUGUGUGACGCUAUUGUGCUGCAUUGUAGCAAAUGCACAUCCAUCUGUAGUGAAUAACAAGGCUGUAAACGAAAGACCAAAAUUGGAUUGGUAUGAAAAUGGUGUUUUUUACCAAAUCUAUCCCCGGUCAUUCAAAGACAGUAACGGCGAUGGAAUCGGGGACAUUCGUGGUAUUAUUCAAGAAUUGGACUACUUGAAAGAAUUGGGUGUUGAUGGAGCUUGGCUUUCGCCAGUUUUUAAGAGCCCAAUGGUUGAUUUCGGCUAUGACACUGAAGAUUUCUACGAUGUCGAUCCGAUGUUUGGAGCGAUGGCUGACUUAGAAGAGUUAUUCAGUGAAGCCAAGAAGAGAAAUAUAAAAAUCAUAAUGGAUUUCGUGCCAAAUCACAGCUCUGAUAAAUGCGAAUGGUUCAAAAAGUCGGUCAAACGUGACCCCGAGUAUGAAAAGUUUUACAUUUGGGCUGAUGGUAAAAAAAAUAACACAGAACCACCAAAUAAUUGGUUAUCAGCAUUCUAUGGUUCAGCGUGGACUUUCAACGAAGAACGAAAUCAGUGGUAUUAUCAUGCAUUUGCAAAAGAACAGCCCGAUUUUAAUUAUCGUAAUGAAAAUGUCACCAAUAAAAUGAUCGAUGUUCUUAAUUUUUGGCUUGAAAAGGGUGUCAAUGGUUUUCGCCUGGACGCAGUCAAUUUUUUCUUUGAAUCUGAAGAUAUGCGUGACGAACCUUUGAGUAAUAUGACAUCUGAUCCCAAAAAUUAUGACUAUUUAAAGCAUGAUUUCAUCAAAAAUUUGGGUGAAUCAUUUGAAAUAGUAUAUAAAUUUCGUGAAGCUGCUGAUAAAUUUCAAGAAAAGAACGACGAUGUUCAGCUUGUUUUAAUGUCGGAAGCUUAUGUGAAUGAUACGGAUUAUGUAAAAUAUUUUUGUGAUGGUGAAAGAAAAGGAACGCAAAUUCCAUUUAAUUUUGUUUUGAUCACCGAUAUGGAUAAAGAUUCAACGCCGAAACAAGUUAAAAAAAUUAUUGAUAAGAAAAUUGCAAGUGUUCCAGCGGGUACUCGUCUCAACUGGCAAUUGGGCAACCAUGAUCGACCACGAAUUGCUUCGCUAUACGGUGAACGAAGAGUCGAUGGUCUUCUUACAUUGAUAUUGACAUUGCCGGGGAUUGCCAUUACUUACUAUGGUGAGGAGUUAGGAAUGGUUGACAAUCGGACGAUUCCGUAUGCUGAAACAAUUGAUCCGCAAGCCAAUACAAUGGAUCCAACGGGCAACUGGAUGGACUUCUCUCGUGAUCCUCAACGUACACCAAUGCAAUGGGAUGGAACCAAGAAAUUUGCUGGUUUCAUGCCAGAAAAUGCAACAGCCAGACCGUGGCUGCCAAUUAAUAAGAACUACAAAGAUGUGAAUGUAGCAUCCGAAAGAAAAAAUCCACACAGCACAUUGAAUUUCUACAAGCAAUUGGUCCAAUUGCGAAAACAUGAUACAUUCGCUUACGGUUCAUUCACUUCAACGGUCAUAAAUGAAAAUGUAUUCGCUUAUGUGAGAGAGCUUGACAAUAGUGACACAUAUUGGGUGCUUAUCAAUUUCGGUGCCCUUGAACACCGAAUUGAUAUGACAAAAAGUACAAUUGGUGGAAAAGUUCCCGCAAAACUUGAAAUAGCAGCUGUGGGCACAGACUCUUGCUACGAACGAGGUGCUACAGUAAGAGCGAAUGAAGUAGUUUUGAGGAAAUACGAUACAAUUAUUUUGAAAAUAAGACCAGACCAUAGCAAUUGAUAGUUGGACAUCAGUAACAACAAAUAUCGCAUUAAUUUAUGUUUAAUUGCAACGACAAAAAAGCAGAAAAAUCUCA